UUGCAGAAACACUGAUUGUGUCCAAUCAGAACACCUUUCAGUGAUAAUAAAUCAUGUCAAAGUCAGAAAUCCACAUAACGAAAACAUAAUUUUAAUGAAUAUUGGACAAAUUAUAUGGUGGAGAAAUGUAUGUCCUGUCAAAUAUACGUAUAUAAUCUAAUGUAAAUAUGAUUAUUGGCUUUUAAUUGCACUAUUGACAGUAAAUGAGCUCCUAUUCUUUUUUUAAUGUUUAUUUCAGCUAUAUUCAUAAAUGCAAAGUAGCUGGAAACAUCAGAGAAAUAUGCCAUGCAUGUAGAAUGCGUUGAGUUUUAUACACUUGUUCAUGUUAAUUAUACUUUUAAAUGUUUUAAUGAGUUUGCAGCAUUUUAAGCGCACUAAUGACGGUAAAUGUGUUUGGUAUUUGCAACACUUUGUCAUUAUCUGCUUAGCUGUAUCGAUCCUAAACAAAGUGAGGGGACAGCCUGUUAAAAAAAAGAAGAAUGCAUCUUUAAGGAUUUGGUAAUGAAUGGGUGGAAAAGUAGCUUCAUUCAGCUCCCUCCUCUUCUUUCUGUGCCCACCCUGCCCCCCAGCACACCAUUACAAUGCAGGACCCCAUCCCCCCCAACACACACACACAUUAACACACACUCCCUGCCCUGCCCCCUGAGAAACACAGGCAGGGGUGGGUGUGUGUGGGUGGGUUUCCCCAACUAUUUAAGCAGAUUCCAACAGAUGGUCGAAGAACUUUCCUCCUGGGGGUCACGUUGCUCUUUCCCUCUCUCUCAACGGACCUGACUGCUUCAUUUCUCUCCCUUUCCCUGGAGAAAGCAGUUUCUCUUCCCCUGACCAUCUGAAAAAAACCUUCGAAAGGCCAAACUGAAAUCUCCAGUUUUGCCCAGACCCUUAAACCUUUUCUCUGUCGUCUCAGCUCCCCAAAGACCAAACUGUCCAUCUUUCUUCCUUCUCUUCGGACCCAGAAACUUUUUGUCCUCCCCAGCGGUCCUCCACUGUGGGAUCAGACAUCCAGCUCCUUCACCCAGCGAGGACGGUGGAGCAAAUCAUGCCCUCCGAUUUUCUAACGCCUUUCCUGGAACUGGAUGAGGAGUUCUGCAAGAAUUUCCGCGGCCUGGAGGCGACAGAUGGCUCGCCCACUGCCUCACAGCAGCAACGGCAGCAGCACAGUCUUAGAGUCCUGGGCUUCCAGCGUCGUCAUUCUCUCUGCCCCGUGACCCUCCCCAACUCUAAGUUCAACAGCAGCAGCAGCAGCAGCAGCAGCUCUGAGAUGACAGACUCACCCUGCUGGGGGAUCAACAUGGCUUCCAGUCCGCAGUGGAGCAGGGAGAGCCAGCUUCCUCGCUCAGCGCUCAGCCACAUCCCCUUCAGAGUCGACCGUUCAGUCAGCAUGAUCGAGGGCAACGUCAGCAGCCUGGGAGGCAGAGAAGACAAAAUGUCUAAUGUGUCCCCUCCACUGCUGCUCCCUCCACCAGGUCUCUGCAUCAGCAACACCUCUCUCUCCUCUGCUGCUUCCCCCUCUGCCUCUAGACCCCCGGCCCCUUCACCUCACAUCUCCACUAGGUACAAGACCGAACUCUGUCGCACCUAUGAGGAAAGCGGAACCUGCAAGUACGGCACCAAAUGCCAGUUCGCCCAUGGCAUGGAUGAGCUGAGAGGCCUCAGCAGGCACCCCAAGUACAAGACAGAGCCGUGCCGCACUUUCCACACGAUAGGCUUCUGCCCGUACGGCGCCCGGUGCCACUUCAUCCACAACGCUGAUGAGCUCCUGGCUGGAAACACUGCGGCGCCUCCUCAGAAACAGAAGCUGAGGCCUCCUCUGCUGCGUCACAGCCUUAGCUUUGCAGGCUUCUCCUCCUCGACACAGACUUUCCAACCAGUUGAGGAGUCACAGCCUUCUUCCCUCCUCUUCACCCGGGCCUCCUCUGUCUCCCCGUCUCCAUCCUCCACAGGGAGCCCAGAGCUCCUCUCCCCUCUCUUCCCUGAGCCAGGGGCGCUGAAGCAUUGCCCAUACCCCUUCUCUGGCAUCACCGACCUGGCAGGAGACAGCAGUGAUUCAGCUCUGCGCUUCUACGCUGUGACCGACUCCGUCAGCGCCAAGUGUCCCACCUCUACUUUCACCUCCAAGAACCCAAACCUCCCGUACCACCUCCCCCAGCAGAUGCCAGUGUCCUUCAAUGCCCCACCUGGCCUUCAGCGCUGCUCCUCAGCUGACUCCCUCUCCGAGGAAGGCUACACCUCCUCCUGCUCCCUCAGCUCUUCCUCCAGUGGCACAGAGUCACCAAGCUUUGAAGGCCGGCGCCUGCCCAUCUUUAGCCGCCUGUCUGUUUCAGACGAGUAGGGAAGGGUUUUACCACGGGGCUGAAUCAUUCAGGGAUAGAUGGUCUAACUGUUUAACUCUAUGUGACCAGUUCAGAUUCAAGUCACAAAGAAUUCAAACAUUAGGUUUUCACUUCCUCCCUUGAUCCAGCCGGUAAACGUACCUAACUUUGUGCAUAUUGCAUUUCUCAUCCAAGCAGUUGUAGCGCUGCUCAGUGUUUGUCCAGUUUUAGCUGACUUCCCUUCUUUUGUUUUUAUUGUUAUUUUUGUAAGGUUGUUUUUUUAUGCCAUUGUUACUGCUGUAUACUGUUGUAUACCCGUUUUUAGAGAAUAUACCUGGAGGGUACUUCACUUAGCUGUUCCUGCUCAGUGGGAAGUUCUGUGUGAGAAUUUCCCGUACCCUGGUUUAAGAAGGAUUUGAAGAUGUUUGCCCUGCGUAUGACUGGCGUGCUAUCUGU